AUGCCUCCCCAACCCUUUCAAAUCUCCAUUCCCCAAGAACGAAUCGAUAUCCUCAAAACCAAACUUUCCCUUGCCGAAUUUCCUGAUGAACUCCCUGAUGUACAAUGGGACAUGGGUGUUCCAUUGCAAGAUAUGAAGCGACUUACCAAAGCAUGGGAGGCCUGGGAUUGGAAUGUUGUCGAGGAAAAGCUAAAUCGAAUCCCGCAGUUUACAACGGGCGUUCAGGUGGAUGGGUAUGGGGAGUUGGAUGUGCAUUUUGUGUGGCAGAGGAGGCCAGGAUCUUUCAUGGAAGUUCUUCAUCUUCUUCCGCUUCUUCAACAACCGGGAGGCCCGGCAUUCCAUAUCGUUGCCCCUUCACUUCCAAACUAUGGAUUUAGUGAAGGAGUCAAUAAACGCGGGUUUGCAUUGGCACAGUAUGCGGAGACUUGUCAUAAGUUGAUGCUUCAAUUGGGCUAUGAUGAAUAUGUAACACAAGGUGGAGAUUGGGGAACGUAUAUCACUCGAGCCAUUGGGAAAUUAUAUCCCCAACAUUGCAAAGCAAGCCACAUCAACAUGAUCCGAGGAAAACCACCCACAAUCACCCAAAACCCCAUCCUAACCCUCCAACACGCAUCAUUCCCCUACUCACAAACCGAACGUGAUGGCUUCGCCCGCACCAAAUGGUUCGCAGAAGAAGGCCGCGGCUACUUCAUAGAACAAUCCACCAAACCACAAACGCUCGCCUACGCCCUCCACGACUCCCCCACCGCACUCCUAGCCUGGAUCUACGAAAAACUGCACGAUUGGACGGACUCCUAUCCGUGGACCGACGACGAAAUCUUCACCUGGGUCUCCAUCUACUAUUUCUCACGCGCAGGCCCCGGAGCCGCCCAUAGAAUCUACUACGAAGUUGAACACACGGUUCCUGGACCUGGAAACGUCACGAGAGAUGAUGUGGAAACGUAUAUCCCUGGUGUAAAAUUGGGAUUGUCGUUUAAUCCUAAGGAAUUAAGUGUGUUGCCAAAGAGUUGGGGGAGAACGCUGGGUGAGGUGGUUUUUGAAUGUGAUAAUGAUGAGGAGGGGGGUGGUCACUUUUAUGCGCAUGAGAGGCCGGAGUUGUUGGCGAGAGAUUUGAGGAGCAUGUUUGGGAGGGGUGGGGGUGCGUUUGCUGUGUGUAAGGGGAGGGAUGGGUAUGAUGGGAAGGACGGGAAGGAUGGUAUGGCGAGGUUGUGA